AUGCGUAUUCUCGUCAGCGGAGCGGCCGGAUUUUUGGGGCAGAUUGUGUCCAAGGCCCUCCUCGAAGAUGAAUCCCACGAGCUCAUCCUGGCAGACAUUAUCGAACCACCCAUCCCUCGCGGUGCCAAACAUCCACGACGUGCAACGUCGGUGAAAGUAGACCUCGUGGAAUCCUCUGCCAGCAUCAUUCCAGACAAUCUAGACGCCGCGAUUCUCCUCCACGGGGUCAUGUCCUCGGCGGCCGAGGCAGACUUUGAGCUUGGAUACCGCGUCAACGUCGACGCCACGCGAUCCAUACUGCUCAGCCUGGCGAAGAAGUGCCCCGGGGUACGAGUCAUCUACGCGUCGAGCGAGGCCGUGUACGGGACCCCCGUGCCCAAGAACAACGUCACCGAGGCCGACAUCCCGACCCCUGAGAUGUCGUACGGCUGUCAAAAGGUCAUCUGCGAGACGCUCAUCAACGACUUCACACGCCGCGGCAUGAUCAACGGCUUCUCGCUCCGCUUCCCGACCAUCUCCGUGCGUCCUGGCAAGCCGAGUCCCGCCGUUUCAGCAUUCUUGUCGGGCAUCAUUCGCGAACCCCUGAACGGCCAGACGUGCACGGUGCCGCUCAAGGACCGCGCGUGGCGCCAUUGGAUGUGCUCUCCCAAGACCCUGGUGUACAACGUCCUUGUUGCUCUCCGGCUGCCUCGGGACGCACUCGCGCCGCAUCGCAGAGCAGUCAACGUCCCCGGCUUCGCGGUCACGGUGCAGGACAUGCUGGACGCUUUGGAAGAAGUCGGCGGCAAGGACAAACUGGCCUUCGUCAGGGAAGAAGAGGUCCCCGAACUGCGGUCGGUGCUGUACUCCUGGGCCGAUGAUUUUGACAACAGCCUCGGCCUCUCGUUGGGCAUGAAGCAGGAUACCUCUUUUGUGCAGUCUGUUCGCGACUAUGUAGAGACCAUGAAGGAAGCCUCGGCGAGCGAGACCAAUACAGAAUAA